AUGUCUGCUGCAGAGACCGCGACCAACGUCCCCGCGGACCAGGUUGAGGCUCCCACCGAGGCCCCUACCAACGGCACCGCUGUCAACACCGAUGUGGUCCCAGAAGCUGCUGGCGAGACCUCCGCCACGACUCCUACCACCUCACAGCCGCACUCUGCCUCGUUGUAUGUAGGUGAGCUGGACCCCUCCGUCACCGAGGCUAUGCUCUACGAGCUCUUCUCCUCCAUCGGACAAGUCGCGUCGAUUCGUGUUUGCCGUGAUGCCGUUACCAGACGAUCCCUUGGUUACGCCUACGUGAACUACAACAACACCGCUGAUGGAGAGCGCGCCCUCGAGGACCUCAACUACACCCUGAUCAAAGGCCGUCCAUGCCGUAUCAUGUGGUCUCAGCGUGACCCUGCUCUUCGCAAAACUGGCCAGGGCAACGUCUUCAUCAAGAACCUUGAUACCGCCAUUGACAACAAGGCCCUUCACGAUACCUUUGCUGCUUUCGGAAACAUUCUUUCUUGCAAAGUCGCUCAGGAUGAGUAUGGUAACUCCAAGGGAUACGGAUUCGUCCACUACGAGACCGCCGAGGCCGCCACCAAUGCCAUCAAGCACGUCAACGGCAUGUUGUUGAACGAGAAGAAGGUAUUUGUUGGACACCAUAUCGCCAAGAAGGACCGUCAGAGCAAGUUCGAGGAGAUGAAGGCAAACUUCACCAACAUCUACGUCAAGAACGUCGAGCAGGAUGUCACCGAUGAGGAAUUCCGUGCGCUCUUUGAGAAGUACGGUGACAUCACCUCCGCUACUCUCAGCCGUGACAAUGAUACCGGCAAGAGCCGCGGAUUCGGAUUCGUUAACUUUGCUGACCACGAGGCUGCCUCCGCCGCCGUUGAGGGUUUGAACGAAUAUGAUUUGAAGGGCCAGAAGCUUUAUGUUGGUCGUGCACAGAAGAAGCAUGAGCGUGAAGAAGAGCUCCGAAAGCAAUACGAGGCUGCUCGUAUCGAGAAAGCGUCCAAGUACCAGGGUGUUAACCUCUACAUCAAGAACUUGUCUGAUGACAUUGAUGAUGAGAAGCUCCGUGAGCUUUUCAGCGGCUACGGCAACAUCACAUCCGCCAAGGUCAUGCGCGAGACCAACGUUGAGUCUGGUGUUUCCUCUGAGGCUGAAAAGGACAAGGAAGCCGACAAGGAAAAGGAGCCAGAAUCUGCAGAGAAGUCCGAGAAGACUGAAGAAAAGUCGGAAGACAAGACCCAGGAAAAAUCCGAGGAGAAGUCUGAUGACAAGACCGAAGGAAAGACUGAGGGUACCAAGUCCGAGAAGAAGCACCUCGGAAAGAGCAAGGGCUUUGGUUUCGUUUGCUUCAGCAACCCAGAUGAAGCCUCCAAGGCCGUCACCGAAAUGAACCAGCGUAUGGUUCACGGUAAGCCACUUUACGUUGCUUUGGCCCAACGCAAGGAUGUUCGCAAGAGUCAGCUCGAGGCCAGCAUCCAGGCCAGAAACACCAUCCGCCAGCAACAAGUUGCUGCCGCUGCCGGAAUGGCACAACCUUUUAUGCAACCUGCAGUCUUCUACGGUGCCCCUGGCCAGCAAGGCUUCCUUCCCGGCGCUGCCCAGCGUGGUGGAAUGCAGUUCGCUGGCCAAGCCGGUAUGGUCAUGCCUGGAAUGCCCGGUGGUCGCCCAGGCCAAUUCGCCCAGUUCCCAGGACAGCAAGGCGGUCGUGGUAUUAACCCCAACCAGCCACUUCCUCCAAACUUUGCCAUGGCUGGCCAGGGUCUUCCAAUGGGUGCCAUGCAAGGCGCCGCCGGAAUGCCUAACGGUCUAAACUACCCACAGAUGGCUCAGGUUCAGUCGUUUGGUCGCGGAGGCGGUCGCGGACAGGGCCCUAUGCAAGGUAUGCCACCAACCGCCGGCAAUGCCCCACCUAUGCGUGGACCAGGUGGACCAGGUUUCACCCAGGGCCGUAACAUGCCCAUGCAGCAAGGCGGUCGACCAGGCCCAGGCGGCCGUGGUCAAGGCGUUCCAGGACAAGGUGCUAUUCCACGCGAUGAAACCGCUGGCCCCAGCACCAUUAAUCUCCAAGUCUUCAACGCUGCCCCUGAAGCUCAACAGAAACAGAUGCUCGGUGAAGCCAUCUACCCCAAGGUUCUUGCUCAGCAGCCUGAGCUCGCCGGAAAGAUCACCGGUAUGCUUUUGGAGAUGGAGAACUCAGAAUUGAUUGGCCUUGUCGAUGACGAAGCUGCUCUCAGAGCCAAGGUUGACGAGGCCCUUACCGUCUAUGACGAGUACGUCAAGAACAAGACCGAUGCUCCCACAGGUGAAGCUUCCCAGCCAGAGGUUGGCAAAGCCACUGCGACGGAAGAGACUAAGUCUUAA